AUGAUGAGAUCUCUUUCCCUUGGCCUUCUACGUCGAUAUGACAUUCGAUACGAUCCCAAAUCUCACCGACUCCGCUGCCAAGGUCACAUUAUCAACCUUGCCGCCAAAGCUUUCCUCUUCGUUACCGAUAAUGAGAAGCUCAAAGACGACGAACGUGAUGGGCAUAAUCUCCACAACUUCGUGGUUUUCGUCCAAAGUAGUGUUCAGCGUCGCCAAAAGUUUCUGGCCAUCAGCCAUAAUCGCAAGCUUGCGCGAGAUAAUGACACGAGGUGGAGUUCGUGGUACACCAUGCUACGAGCGGCCUUGCAUCUUAGAGGCGCAGUCGAGGAUAUUUCAACAAAUGGGUGGAAGGAGAUUGUGCCGGAGACGAGCUCUCCCGAGGAGUGGGUCAUCCUCGAGAAGAUCAAGUCUUUCUUGGAGAAGCUUAAAAUGACGACAAAGGCCCUUGAGUCAUCGUUUGCAACUCUUGACAAUGUUCUCUUGGCUAUGGACUUCGUAUUGGCGCAAUUCGAAGCAGGAAAAGAGGCACAUAUCGACGAUCCGAUUAUGGCACCAAUGUAUAACUCGGGCUGGGCGAAGAUGGAUAAGUACUAUUGUCUUACUGACGAAUCGCCUGCCUACGUCGCUGCGAUUGUGCUUCACCCUUCGCAUAAAUGGCACUACAUACACGAAAACUGGAAGAAGGAGUGGGCUGACUCGUCAAAGAAGCUGAUGGAGACACUGUGGGAUGAUUAUAAACCUGUGGAGCCGCCUUCUCUAUCUGAGGUUCCGUUGACGACCACGAACGAGUUCUUGAAUUGGAGAAACAAGCACCUACAACCAGCACUUAUCACAGACGAGUACGAGCGAUAUUCAAAGAACUACCCAUACCUGAGCAAAAUGGCGACCGUCGAAAUCGACUUGGGAGUGAUGUAA